GUAGCUCAUCACUCUCCCGGGAGAAUAUUCACUAAACACUGGACUUUUGUUAAUAUUUUGACCAACUUCAGAAAUGAUCCGCAUCAACAACACCCAGUACUUCCACUUCCUGCAGCAGGCCGAUGCCUUACGUCGCUCAGGGUUGUUCUGUGAUGCCGUCAUCACGGUAAAGAGUCAAAUUUUCAGGGCUCACCGGCUCGUACUGGCAUGUGCAAGCAGAACACUGGCACAGCAGCUAGCCCAGGGAGAUGCAGACAGUCCAGUCCACUGCACUCUGGAGUAUUUCUUACCUCGCACCUUCCAGCAGGUCCUGGAUUUCACCUACACCCAGACUCUUGAGGUGUCUGAGGAUGACCUGCACCUGCUGCUGAAAGCUGCUCAGCUAUUGGAAAUGCAGCCACUGGAGGACCAGUGCCGGAAGCAGCUUAACACCCUUGACUGCAGAGAAGCGGCCAAAAGAAGAGAAAUUACAGAUGUGAAAAAAGAAAAAGAAAGUGCAGAGGAGACAGAUCAAAAGGAAAAGCCACAACAGUCCACCAUCCCCAAGAAAGAAGGCUAG